AUGUCAGCGCGAAAGGAGGCUCCAAGAAAAGCCAAAGGUCCUAGCAAGGCCCGUAGUCAAAAUAGCUCGGGUAGGACUCCUGGGGGUUCGCGCAGUCCGGCGGUCAGUCAGAAACCCACCGCUCAGCAGGUGCAGGACGAAGAUCACAACGAUCUCCAGUGCAUUAUUUGUACGAAUGAUUUGGUAUACGCAGCUUUGUUGCCAUGUGGUCACACAACUUGUCAUGAGUGUGCCUUAAGGCAAAGGGCUUUGUAUGAGAAAAAAAGCUGUUUUGUUUGCAGAACCGAGCAGCCGAGAACCACAUUCACAGAUCUGAUUACGAAGCAGUUCUCGGACUUCACGACGGCCGAUUUUGCCAGCAGCAAUGAGACUUAUGGGAUUGAUUUUACGUCUGAACACGUCAAGGAAGAAGCUAUGAAACUGCUGAGCAAUACCUGUCCCAUGAAGCAGUGUGAUGCAACAGAGUUCCCUUCUUUCAAGAAACUCAGUGAGCAUGUGAAAAAGGCUCAUGACAGGCUUUAUUGUUUGAUCUGCGCAUACCACAAGAAGGCAUUUGUUUCGGAGUUAAAAUUAUACACACCUAAGCAAAUUCACCAGCACCAGGUGAAGGGAGACGAAGAAGGGUUCCAUGGUCAUCCGGCCUGCAAGUUUUGUGCUGGGAAGAGGUUUUACUCUUCAGACGAGCUUUUUGUUCACAUGAGGUCUGAUCACGAGAAAUGUCAUGUUUGUGAACAGAUUGACUCGACUGAACCUCAAUACUUCAAAGAUUACCCGCAGCUGGAAAACCAUUUCAGAGCCACUCAUUACAUAUGCACCGUUCCCUCGUGUUUGGAGCAGAAGUUUGUGGUUUUCAGAGACGAUCUCGAUCUUAGAGCGCAUAUGUUGAAGGAUCAUCAGGACAUAGUUGGACGCAAUAACAAUCUGUUUCAAUUCGGUGUCAGUGAUCACGGGUUUGGGUCGCAAUUAUCGACGUUCCGUGCUCCUACGCAGCCGACACGAAAUGGACGUAAUGAGUCAGAAGAGUCCAAAGAUUCUAUUGAAACAAGGAGAAAGCGUCUGAAUGAGAGAGCUCGGUUUUACCUGAACAAUUCGUCCGAGGAUUUCAGCGAGUUCGUUGCUAUCAACUCGGCAUUUGAUGCAGGCACUAUGCCGGCCUCUGUCAUUAACGAAAAGUACAAAGUGUUGUUCAAGAAAAACCCAGAAGCUGAUAUCUCGCUUCUUCUUUUUGAUCUUGCAAAGCUUUAUCCCGAGACUUCAGAGAAAAGAAUGCAAUUGAACGCUAUUACGGGAUCGUCUACGCCUAAAGGCGAGGAGUUCGACAAGCUGUUCCCGGCCCUUCCAGGCACCACACCCGAAUCUCGAGUGGUGAUCUCAGGUUGGAAUAACUCUCAGACUCAGAAGAAAAAGAAGGCCAUAAACUCGGAGCUGUUUCCACAACUUUCUGGAGGUUCUUCGAGUUCUCCCAGCAUCUCCAAUAUUCCUUCGGUUACUAGGUCCUCCAAACCAGUGAGACUGAAUGUCUACAAUGGACCCAGCUCUGCUUCCUCCUCAAAAACUUCAUGGGCUUCUCCUAGUGCUGGUUCUAAAGCUCCAAAGAUAGACACUUCCAAGUUUCCAGCGCUAGAAGCUAGAGAGACAAAGUACAGGCCACCCAGAGUGAAUCCCGUUCAGACUGGUCUUGGUCAAUGGGGUUCACCAAGUCUUGCGGGAUCAGGAUCAGCCAGUCCAAUCAGUGGUAGUUCGUCUCAUUUAGACUUGUCGUCAUUCAGUGAGGCUCUUGAUGCCUCCAGGAAUGGCACAGAAAAAAACAGAAAAAAGAAGGGCAAGCAGUUGCUAAUCCAUUAUGGGCUAUAG